UUUCUCCAGAGGACACGCACGGCUGCGCCCAGAUCGACACGACGAGCAGGGCCCACUAGUUGCGAAUGAAUUCGCGGUCGUCAUGAAGAUGGAGCGAGAAGACGCGUGAUGGCAUCAACGAAAUGUUCCGCAGCAUAUACGAGAGGGGCGGGAGGCCGACAACACCCUACAGUGAAAUCGCUGCGACGAUCCAGAAGCUCAAGGACAAAGGCCGCCAAAGUGACGAGACGGACAAGUUCCUCCAGCGCGUGUUGAUAAAUUCGGAAGUGACCACGAAACGCGACGCUCUUUUGGACGCAAAUGCCGUCGUCGUCGUGGCUGGUCACUUACGAGCCCACGACUGUGCGUCAACCCAACAGUAUGCCGCGGGAAUUCUGUUGAACCUGAGCCAGUAUGACCGCGGGCGCCUUGCCAUGGCCUCGUGUGGCAGUUGGGACUGCGUGUCAUAUCGCCACGCGUGCCCCCUCUUUUAUUUGCUACAGCUAGCACUCACGAGCGCAAACGUGAUCGUGAAACGUGUAUGUACUGCAGCUGUCCUCAACUGCUCCUUCCACGCCGCGUGUCAAGGCCACAUCGAGGAUAUAGGCGGUGUGAAUCUUCUCCUGAAACUACUUCACGUCAAUGACGAAGAUGUGUGCGUCUUCGCGGCUGCAACGUGCUGGAACCUGACCAAGUCGCCCUCGUUUGUGCUCAAGUUGGAAACUAUCCAUUCCAUCCCCCAGGACAACUUUGCGCGCACGUUGUCUCAGUUGCUCUGGACGCGAUGUUCGCACUACGGACUCACGAUCACGACCAACGCGGCCAUGUCCGCCGACCAAGCCGGCGUUCUCGAAAGUGGCGGAUCCAACCUCCACCUCGUCUUUGCGUGCGCGAUCAACUCGAAACUUGCGGUUGCGCUCCGCGUGGAACAGUACAACGUGACUGCAAACCAAGCUCAAGUCGAAGCGCAGUCGUCCAAGUACAAGAGCCAGCAGAAAUUUGACGAAAACGGCAAGCGCGUUGCCGUGACUUGCAGCACAUGUGCCAAGUCGAUCAAAGAGAAGGACAAAGCCAAGUGUUUGAGUUGCGCGUCCGAUGGGUGUGUCGAGAUUUAUCACGUACGGUGCAGCCGAUGGGCGAAAAUCGUCGACGUGAACGUCCGCGACCACGCGUUCUACUGCGACGGGUGUUUGCCGGGGGUGCCGCUACAGUACCUCGAUUUUGUCGCGACCGAAAUGAGCAACAGGAGCGUCCUGACCAAGUUGGACUUUGACAUUUUAAACGUCGCGCGACCGGACAAGGUCGACGUGUGUAUGCUGCGGGCUCCGACGACGAAUGCGCUCGUGGGCAUUGGUGACAUGAAGUACGUGUGCCAUGGGGCCAAGGACGGCACAGCCAUAGUCCAAGUCAAGUUUUUUCUGAGGCAAUGCUCGAGCAUGUGCUACAACACCACCAGCAACAAUGUGGUGGCGACUACAACAGUCGCCAUGCCCCCGUUUUCGUUUCCGUUUUUGAAAUCGACGGUGCCCCCGACGACGCUGUCGUUGCACGCACUCACUUUGUGGCCAACCGCUCAACUUGUGCCUGUGAACGACAGCAUGUACUUGGCAAAGACAAUCGCAGACCUAGAGCAAGCGUCUUUGUACGAAUUCGACGGGCGAGACGAGCGAUUUGCCAUCGGUUCGAACGAUGGUACGGAGAUUUGGAGCGCUCUCCAGCCCAGUCGUGCCAAGUGCAUGAAGAUGAUUACAGAAGCCACCGCCACGGCACGACCUGCUCGAAAGCACCGACGGGAAAAGAAGCCCCACGUCGAGCGAAAGUUGGAAAAGUAGGACGAGUUCAAUGAUACAACGGUGAUUGGAAGGGCAGCCCCCUCUCGAGCCUCAGCAACUCGUUGUGACCGAAUAAACCAUCUAGAUAUGCCAUCCUUGAGAUGGAGAAAGA